AUGUCGUUGACACCAGAUCAAGUCAAGCUUAUCAAAGCGACUGUACCUGUCUUGAAGGAACAUGGUAACACCAUCACCUCUCACUUUUACGACCUACUUCUCAAGGAGAAUCCAUCACUGAACGGCAUCUUCAACCAAACAAAUCAGAAGAAUGGACAUCAAGCUGGUGCACUGGCUGGUAGCUUGUAUGCGUACGCAUCGCAUAUUGAUGACCUAGGCGUGCUCUCCCCAGCGGUUGAGAAGAUUUGCCACAAGCAUGCGAGUAUGUAUGUGCAGCCUGAACAUUACGAUGUCGUGGGAACAUAUCUUUUGCGCGCCAUGGGUGAUGUGCUUGGUGCAGCAUUGACUCCUGAGUUAUUGGAGGCUUGGGGACAGGCUUACUGGCAGUUGGCGAACAUAAUGAUCAAGCAAGAAGACUCACUCUACAAAUCUGCUGCUCCUUGGACAUCCUGGCGCGACUUCCGCAUUGCCAAAAAGGUCCCUGAAUCUGAAGAAAUCACAUCCUUCUACCUGUCUCCUGUAGAUGGAAAGCCCUUGCCUUCUUACCUUCCUGGUCAAUACAUCAGUGUGGCCACCUCAGUACCAUCACUCCACCACGAUCAAAACCGCCAAUACUCACUCUCCACCGCACCAUCUUCUGAACACUACCGCAUCAGUGUAAAGCGCGAAUCUUCUGUUCAAGAAGGAGAUACCACUCACCCAGCCUACAUCUCUAAUAUCCUGCACAAAGACAAGCAACAAGGAGAUAUUCUACAAGUCUCGCAUCCAUACGGAGAAUUCUACGCUGAUCCCAAGGAAGAAGGUACUGGAGCUCUGGUCUUGAUUUCUGCGGGUGUGGGUAUUACUCCCAUGGUUUCUAUCCUCGAUACUUUUGUCCAGGAAAUCAAAGAUCGUAGGAUUAGCUUUGUGCAUGCGACGAGGUCAUCUGAUGUGCAAGCUUUUGGACCGCAUAUCAGGGAUGCUACGUCCAAGCACUCUGGCAUCACUUCUGUCAUCUUCAACAAACAUCCCUCGGCAGAUGCAAAGCAAGGCACAGACUAUGACUUUGCUUGCCGCAUGGACUUGGACAAAGUCGACAAAGAAAAAGAUCUUUGCAUCAGUGACAAGGCAGCUACAUAUUACAUCUGUGGCCCUGGAGGCUUUAUGCGGGAUAUGGGAGAUAAACUCAAGAGUUUCGGAGUUGAUGAGAAGAGAAUCAAGUUGGAAAUUUUCGGAACUGGCAAUUUGUCGUGA